UUUUGAUAGCGAGCUGAACGAAAACGAGGCUGGGUUGGACAACAAACCAGAGAGAUGUCUUACUGCUGCGUCCCCGAGUGCAGGUCCUACAAAAGAAAGGAAUCUGGCAAACGAAAAACAUUCCACCGCUUCCCUGUCAAUACUGCAAUUCGGCGAGAAUGGGUGGUGAAAAUAAGGAGAGAUGUUGGGCAGCAUUUUAAGAUCGCAAAUAACACGAGAGUGUGUUCCGAUCACUUUCCUGAUGAGUCCUUCACAAAGACGCUUUGUGGCAUCAGGAAAUUGAAGGAGGGGGUUGUGCCAUCUCUUUUUACAUGGUCCUCGAUCAAGCCUGGCAGGCGGACGAUUGUUAGAACGGCAAGUUUGUUUUUCAGUCAUGUUGCCACUGCCACCUGUGGAGAGGACGCACGGGGUGAUGAGUCAUGUCACUCAAUGGGACAAGACCUCCAAGAGGACAUUGCCUGCACAUCAAGCGAAGUAGAGACAAGCUUGCCACACUCCGAUCACGAUUAUACUCAGCGGCCCCUGUCCUUGGAGGAGCAGCUUCAAGAGGCCUGCAAGUCCAUUGCUCGCCAGGAAGAGGAAAUUUCGACUCUUCGUGGCAAUCAGUUCCUCCUCAAACGCUUUCAGUGUGACGACAAGCAAAUCCAGUUCUACACAGGAUUCAGAGACUAUAAUACACUCAAAGCUGUGUUUACAGAUUUACAGCCUACAGCUUGUCUUGUGUAUUUACACAAGUCUACAGAAUUUAACACAUCAAGACUCAAUUAAUUUUGACUGACCACAGCAUACAAGACCCUCCACCUGAAGACUGGCACCUAUCUUCCUUCAAUCAUCAGACACUAAAUGUCUUACAUCGAAAUAAAAAAUAAAUCCUGUA